CCCGGCACCGCGGCGCUAGGGUUUUGUUUGGGUCCUGGGGAAAGGGCCCGGGUGCCGGGGCCCGAGGUGGCGCCUCGCUAGCGGGAGAGGGAGCGGGAUCACCGGCCCAGAGAGAGAGUAGCCUGUUCAGGGACUCCAGUGCUUACAGGGCUGGAGAAGGGUGGAAACAGACCUGUGCGCUAAUUGGAAUUGAGCUGCAGUCUCUAGCUCUCAGGGCCAGAGUGCGGCAGGAGGAUGCGUUCCCAGCCCCGCCAUGGAGCUGCGCUGUGGGGGGCUGCUCUUCAGUUCUCGGUUUGAUUCGGGGAACCUCGCCCACGUGGAGAAGGUGGAAUCUGUGUCCAGUGAUGGGGAAGGAGUAGCAGGGGGGGCAUUAGCCCCCACCGGCAGCACUGCCUCUUCCCCCGACUAUGAGUUCAACGUGUGGACCCGACCAGACUGUGCUGAAACAGAAUUUGAGAAUGGGAACAGGUCGUGGUUUUACUUCAGUGUUCGGGGAGGAUCUCCAGGGAAACUUAUCAAGAUCAAUAUUAUGAACAUGAACAAGCAAAGCAAGCUGUAUUCCCAGGGCAUGGCCCCCUUUGUGCGUACACUGCCCACCCGGCCACGCUGGGAACGCAUUCGAGACCGGCCCACCUUUGAGAUGACAGAGACGCAGUUUGUGCUCUCCUUCGUUCACCGUUUCGUGGAGGGCCGCGGGGCCACCACCUUCUUCGCCUUCUGCUACCCCUUCUCGUACAGUGACUGCCAGGAUUUACUGAACCAGCUAGACCAGCGCUUUCUGGAGAGCCACCCUACCCACAGCAGCCCCCUGGAUACCAUCUAUUACCACCGGGAGACCCUCUGCUAUUCCCUGGAUGGACUUCGUGUAGAUCUGCUAACGAUCAGCUCCUGCCACGGGCUUCGCCAAGAUCGAGAGCCCCGUCUAGAGCAGCUGUUCCCUGACAUCAGCACCCCCCGGCCAUUCCGCUUCACGGGCAAGAGGGUAUUCUUCCUGAGCAGCAGGGUGCACCCUGGGGAGACGCCAUCUAGCUUUGUCUUCAAUGGCUUUCUGGACUUCAUCCUUCGGCCUGAUGAUCCCCGGGCCCAAACCCUACGUCGCCUCUUUGUCUUUAAGCUGAUUCCCAUGUUGAACCCUGAUGGUGUCGUCCGGGGCCACUACCGCACAGACUCGCGUGGAGUGAAUCUGAAUCGCCAGUACCUGAAGCCCGAUGCGGCCCUGCACCCGGCCAUCUACGGGGCGAAAGCGGUGCUUCUCUACCACCACGUGCACUCCCGCCUGAACUCCCAGGGUCCCUCUGGGCAAGAGCACAGUCCUCCUCUCCCCCCGGCAGCUCCCCUUUCUGACCUCGAGAAAGCCAACAAUCUCCAAAACGAGGCUCACCUUGGGCAGUCAUCCAAUGGGGAUCGUCCUGAAGCCUGGACGCAGACUGAGCCAGCAGAAGAGAAGGAGCACAGCGUGUGGAUCAUGCCGCAACGGUCCACUGGGGCUGAGCAGCCAGCCCCCGACACCAUCCCCCCCACAGAGAGUGGGGUCGCUUACUAUGUGGACCUGCACGGACACGCUUCCAAGAGGGGCUGCUUCAUGUAUGGGAACAGCUUCAGUGAUGAGAGCACCCAGGUGGAAAAUAUGCUGUAUCCAAAGCUCAUCUCCUUGAACUCAGCCCACUUCGACUUCCAGGGCUGCAAUUUCUCAGAGAAGAACAUGUAUGCCCGAGACCGCAGAGACGGCCAGUCUAAGGAGGGAAGUGGCCGGGUUGCGAUCUACAAAGCCUCAGGGAUAGUCCACAGCUACACACUCGAAUGCAACUACAACACUGGACGCUCAGUAAACAGCAUCCCUCCCGCCUGCCAUGACAACGGUCGUGCCAGCCCCCCGCCCCCGCCGGCCUUCCCCUCCAGAUACACGAUGGAGUUGUUUGAGCAGGUGGGACGAGCGAUGGCCAUUGCGGCUUUGGACAUGGCAGAGUGCAACCCGUGGCCCCGCAUCGUGCUUUCGGAGCACAGCAGCCUCACGAACCUCCGGGCCUGGAUGCUGAAACAUGUGCGCGGCAUUCGGGGCCUGAGCAGCACUGUGAACGUGGGUGUCAAGAAGAGAGGCUCUCGAACUCCGCCCAAAGCCAACAACGGGUUGCCUGUUUCCUGCUCUGAAAACACGCUGAGCCGAGGGCGCAGUUUUAGCACUGGCACAAGUGCUGGCGGGAGCAGCAGCAGCCAGCAAAACUCUCCACAGAUGAAGAACUCCCCCAGCUUUCCUUUUCAUGGCAGCCGGUCUGCGGGGCUGCCAGGCCUGGGCUCUAGCACCCAAAAGGUCAGCCACCGGGUGCUGGGCCCCGUGAGAGAGCCCCGAAACCAGGACAGGAGACAGCGACAGCAGCCACAAGCACAUCGCCAGACUUCAAGCAGCCUGGCCCCGUCCCCAACUCCACCCAGUUCUGGCCCAGCCUCCUCACGCAACAUGGGCUCCUGCCUACUGCCCAACUCACUCAGCAUAUCAGGAAACAGCUGCUCAUUCCUGUCCUCAGGGGACAAGCCAGAGACUGUCAUGGUGAUUGGGAAAAGUCUACUAGGAACUGGACCUCGGAUCCCCUGUAUCAGGACCCGGAUGCAGACCUGCCCGAGGAGAGUUACCGCCAGGAGGGGUCCCGGAUUCCCCAGGCUAGGCCCAGGCUGGGCCGGGGCUCACCGCCGACUCGCAGAGGGAUGAGAGGCUCUUCGGGCCCCACAUCCCCUACCCCCCGGACCAGGGAGAGCAGUAAGCCAGAGCCAGGACCCCAGUCGGCACCAGGGUGAGCCCGAGGGUCCAUUCCCUCACCCCUCACCCCACCUUUUUUUUUACCCUUCAUUCUCAUUUCUGCCAUUCAGAAUCAUCAUCUUCCUUCCCUACUCCCUUUGACCCCAACAAGACUAAAUGUCCUUUUAAAAUCUAGCUCCCUGAUCCCUCCCCCCAUCACGGCCUCAGUCUCCACUCCAGUGUACAAGAAAACAGCCGUUAGGGACUAAAGCCCAGGAGCUUGCCGGCUCCAGCAUCAGAACACCGGGCAGCAGUCACCCGGCCUGUCCUUACCCUCCGCGCCGCUCUCGUUCCCAGCCCCUGGCCGCCACACCAGGAGAAGGGCAGCCUCCCAACCUGACUCCUCUCUUCUCUGUUGCAGGCUGCCUCGGGCCGGGCCCCCGCGGCCCCACUCUGCCCCUGCCUUCUCUCCUACUUCCUGCAGUCCCUCUGACUCCCAGCCUCGGACUUGUUACAGCGGGGGGCCCUUGGGCCACCCUGAAGUUUGUUUUGCCCCUAAAUCUCC